AAUACAUUUGACCAAGCAGCUUUGUCGCGUGCGGGCGUGUUGUCGGGCCGGAAAAUGCGCGCGUAAACUGAUAAAAAGCAGAAAGCACAAAGAUUAGAAUUAAAACAAAAAAGUGACAAAAAUAAAAAUAAAAAUAAAAGUAAAUAAUAAAAGAAAAAACAGAGUAAAUAAAACGAAGUGGAGCCAGAGCUGACGAGCCUGGUCAAGCUGGGCAAGAGCAAUGUGUUGAUGAAACGUCUUGCGGGCUGCGUGCGGCUGUAGUCGAUAAUGUUGUUGGCGUCGACGGUGCCAGGAGCCGUUAUCCGGCCAGGCCAUAAUCAUUAUUUGAAUGCGGUGAAGGUGAAUGAAUCCAAUAACUGCAAUAUGUACAAUAAAUAUACGUAAGUGAAAACGACUAAGGCAACAACAACCAGCAAUCAGCAAUCCGUAACCAGCAACCAGCAACCAGCAACAACAACAUUGCCCAACAGCACCACCAGCGGUCAUGUUAGCAGCAAGCUCGAGCGGCGCCACAGUUAACCCCACAAGUACAGCAUUUACUGGAGCAGUAGAAAAAGCGGGAGCAACAGCAGCAUCAGCAGCAGCAGCAGCAGCAGCAGGAGCAGCUGGUCUUAGAGCGGCGUCAUGGUGUUGAGCACCGAAUGGUCGCAGGUGGAGGUUAUCGAUUUGAUCAAUGAUGGCAACGGCUUGGGCUUUAUAUUGGUGGGCGGUCGCAGCACGGGCGUGGUCAUUAAGGCGCUGACACCGGGCGGCGUCGCUGAGCGUGAUCAGCGUUUGCAGGUGGGCGAUCAUCUGCUGCAGAUUGGCGAUGUAAAUCUACGUGGCUUCAGCUCGGAGCAGGUGGCCACAGUUCUUCGUCAGACCGGAGCUCAGGUGCGUCUGAUUGUGGCACGGCCGGUGGAGCCGACGGCCAUCGAUUAUCAUACGCUGGCCAGUCAUGCGCCCAUUAUACCAACUAAGCUCCUCUCCGACCCGGAAGAACUGUCGCGGCAUUUAUUUCAAAAUCCGAGCUUGGCUACGGCAACCACUCCACUGGAUGUCGGUAGUCUGGUUGGCCUGGUCACUGGCGCCCCGGCUGGCGAUACAGCCGAUCAGGGCAAUGUGUCAGCGCUUGUGCCCCUGACCCUGCCCUUGCCCCUGUCCUUGCCACUGUCCUUGCCCUUGCCCGCAAUUGCCGCCGCCGCCGCCGCCGCAGCCGUACCCGAUACAGAACUGGCCGAUCUACCGCUGCCGCCCAUACCUACUAAUCCGAGCAGCAGCUCGGAUAGCAACCGGUGUCUGCAGGAUGUGGAUAUUGUGCCCUAUUCAAUACUGUCACCACCUCCGACCACUGCGCACCUGACCGCACGACAGUCGCUGCAAUUGCCAUUGGGCCCGCGCUGGCUGGAUGAUGAUGACAAUGAUGAUGGCGAUGGCGAUGGCGAUGGCGAUGGCGAUGGCGAUGGCGACGGCGAGGAGGAGGUGGAGGUGGAGAUGGCGCACACGGAUGGCACUGUGAUAGCCGGCAAAAAGUUGGCAACGACAAUGGCGACGGCGACGGCGACGGCAACGCCCAAUGCCGAUGAUGGCGACUGUUGCUCUCUGGGCUCCGAGUCACCCUCCACAUACGCGGACUCACCCGAAACCGAAACGUAUAUCGUGGAGCUGCACAAGAAUGUCUACGGCUUGGGUAUUACCGUGGCCGGGUACGUGUGCGAGGAGGAGGAUUUGUCUGGCAUAUUUGUAAAGAGCAUCAUUGAGGGCAGUGCCGCCGAGAUGAGCGGCCAGAUUCAGAUCAACGAUCGCAUUGUGGCCGUCGAUGGUCGCACUCUUUCGGGCGUGACCAAUCAUCAAGCUGUGGAGUUGCUGCGCAAUACGGACAUUGAGGUGCAUCUGACGUUGGAGCGUUUCCUGCGCGGUCGCAAGUAUGAGCAUCUGCAGGUGGCGCUCACGGAGAUGAAGGUCGGCCCGGGUGCCAACGAUGGCGACGCCCAGUCACAGCUCUCGAUGCCCGGCUCGCCCUCCAUAGCGACGCUCAGCUGGCUACCGCCAAAAUCCGCUGAUGCGGACUCCGUUGUCACCGAUGCUGGCGACAAUCAACUGUUGGUGGAUUUUCCAGAGCUGCCCUCGCGGGACACCGUGGAUUCGAAUCUGUCGCAUAUGCUGGAUCGCAGCGACCACAGUGCUCCACAUCUGACCAACGGCAAUGGCAAUGGCCAUGGGCAUGAUCAUGACAGCGGCAAUGACACCGACGAGCAGUGUCCAGAGCCGGAUCAGGAACUGGAGCCGGAGCUGAUGGCUGGCGCUGCAGCCGUUGCCCAGCCGGAACAUGGCAAGACGCCCACAAAUGAGUUGAAUACGCCCACGGCCACGCCCACACCGCCCGUAGCCAUGCCGCCGAAAUUGUCCAGCCCCAGCACCAACUCGCUGCGGGCGGCCUGGAAAAGUGAGUUUCCCGACAGUGAAAUUUUAGUUGCCGAAAUAAAUAAACUUUCAGGUCUAGGGAUCAGCCUCGAGGGCACCGUCGACGUCGAGUGCGGCAUUGAGAAGCGUCCGCAUCAUUACAUACGAUCGAUACUCGAGGACGGUCCCGUCGGCAGGCAGGGCAUACUGCGGCCGGGCGACGAGCUGCUCCAGGUCAACGAGCACAAGCUGCAGGGCCUGCGUCACAUCGAUGUGGUCAAGAUACUCAAGGAGUUGCCGACUAGCGUGAAGCUGGUCUGUGCUCGCGGCACCCGUGCGCCCUGCAUUAUCAAUACCUCGCGGAAUGUGGAGGCCUUCGAGUCGCGCAGCCUGCUGCCCGGCGGUCAUCAGAGCCUGCAGAAUCUGCUGAGCAAGGCGCAAUCGGAGAGCUCCCUAUACACAUCCAGCUCGACGACGCUGACGGAAUCAGCAACCGCCGCGGCAGCUGUUGACGUCGCCGUCGCCGGCGCCGGGGCCGGAGCAGCAACGCAACGUUCCAAAUCUUUGGAGAAUGUGUCCGGACUGGCGCUGUGGAGCUGCGAGGUGACAGUCGUGGAGAUUGACAAGUCAGAGCAAGGCUUCGGCUUCUCCAUACUCGACUAUCAGGAUCCGCUUGAUGCGGAGAGCAGUGUUAUUGUGAUACGUGGCCUGAUACGCGGUGGUGCUGCGGAGGCAACCAACCAGAUCUUUCCGGGUGAUCGUCUUAUCAGCGUUGGCGACUAUGUGCUCCAAGGUCUCGACCUCGACGAUGCGGUGGCCAUACUGAAGGCCAUGCCGCCGGGCACAACGCGUCUCGGCAUUUGCCGCCCACUCUCCACCUCGGACAGCAACAGCAACAUGGCCUCGCCCAUUGGCGAUUCGGCGAGCAGCACAUAGUGCCGGGCAGGGCCACAGCCGGAGCGCCCGCUUCCAAUGCAUUAUAUUUUGACCCUCGUAACGGCCACUUAAAUGCGGAGCUGCCCACAGACAACCAAAGAGCUGAAACACCAAAAUGCCAGCAGCAAAAACCAAAAACGCUGCAGUAUAAAUCAACGGAACUGAGCAUGCGACAAUUUGUACAUAGAUGAUGGCCCACAACAGUAUAUACAUAUAUAAAUUGUGGAGUUGUAUUCAAAACACCCACAACACAUAUGACUAGUAUUUAGUAAACCCCCUCCCGCACACACACACACACACACACACACACAUCCACAUGCAUCUAACGUAGUCAUAACUAAUUGGCCCGAUGGCGCUGACUUGUUAUUGAUUGCAUAUACGAAUAAAUAAAUAAAUAGAUAGUUAUGCAUGCGAACUUUUCGCUCUGAGAUUACAAGAUAUCAUAAAUUGUAAUAUCCAUAAAUUGUUAAUGACAAUGUUUUUUUUUUUUUUUGGCUAACACUCAUCGCCAGCUGUCGAGGACACACACAAACUCUAGUCGAACAGAUUCGAGAUAUCAGAAAACCAACAAUACUAUCAAUAUUGCCGAACAAUUUUCAAAGGUAGUGCUCCAGUUUGUACCAAUUGUAAAUACUUAAUAGUUUUUUUUAUAUUAUAUAAAAGAUUUCCUAAUUUGAUACAUAGUUGAAUGUAGUUACGUUAAGGGGUUAAGAUUCAUUGCCUUGGCGGGGAAGCGCCUGUGCUGGCCCCUAGUAUUUAAGUAGGCAAUCACAAGAAACUAUUGAAAUUGUAAAUCGGAAGGAAAUGAAAUUAAUAAUAGUAAAGAUUGUAUGCUUACGCUAAAACUAUAUAUUAAUAUAUAUAUAUAUAUAUAUAUAUAUAUAUAUAUAUACUAUAUAUGUAUACACAAUUGACGACCAAACAAAAGUUUAACUUUAUAUUUAGAAACUCUAAAGAUCAUACUUUAAAUACAUGCAACUAAAUUGAAGCCAACUGAAUAGACUAGUAGCUGGGGUAGUGCGAAUCUUUGAGAACUAAUUCAGACACUUGGGAUAUAAAAACGUACAAGCUCGAAUGCCUUGGUGCUUGAAAGCCAAUCAACAGAAAAACCAAAAUUCAUAGGGCUGAGCAUGGUUUUGAAGGAUUUAGCAAUGCCGCAGCUUUAGCUCCACUUAAUAUUCUAUAAACGAGUAAAUGAUAAAUUCAUGAGAAGAAGAAGAAAAA